CAAGAGUAUCGCUAUCAUCUAAUUGCUAAUUUCUAUUGAAAAUCGUUCAGUCUAAAGAAGUUGUUCGAUAAUUAAUUAAUUAAUCAUUUUGUCAGUCUUUAAUUAAAAGAAUGAAAGAACGAUUGAAAUUUCUUCUUCUGCUACUUUUGACAACAAAUAGUCACCAAUUGUUGAGCAGAGAAAUUAGAAAUACCCCAGAAGUGAUUGAAAAUAAUUCAAAUGAUUAUCGUCUACCGAAUAAUACAAUUCCAAGACAUUAUAAAUUAAAUAUAAAUCCUCAUUUACCUCCGGAAAAUUUUACAUUUGACGGUGAAGUUGAAAUUUCCCUUGAAAUUGUAGAGGGAACAAAAAAUUUAACACUACAUGCCUCGAAUUUAACAAUUGUUGUUGAUGAAACAACUUUAAAUGGAUAUAAGGAAACAAUUUUACCAGAUAAACAUAUUAUUGAUGAUGAACGAGAUUUUAUAAUUUUAACAUUCUCCAAGGAACUUUUGCCGGGAAAUUAUACACUUCAUUUAAGAUUUCACGGUGUCAUCAGAAACAGUGAUGCUGGACUUUUUAAAAACUCUUACAAAAAUGAUCAAAAUGAAACAGUACAUCUCAUUUCUACACUUUUUCAACCAACUUACGCACGCGAGGCAUUUCCUUGUUGGGAUGAACCGGGUUUGAAGGCAACUUUUGAAAUUUCAAUAAAACAUUUUCCGAAUUACACGGUUUUGUCUAAUAUGCCAAUGGAAAAGAAGAGGGAAAAUCCAGAAAGUGAUGGAAAAAUAUGGACAGAUUUUAAAGAAACACCAAAAAUGUCAACCUAUUUGGUGGCCUUUUUAAUUACUAAUGAUUUGAAAAGAAACUCCAAUUGGAAUGAAACAUUUACUGUUUGGUCAAGAAAAAAUCCUCAUUUACACAUGAGAAUUGUUUAUGAAAUAGGACAAGAGACAGUUGAAAUUUUUGAAAAUUACACAAAAAUUCCGUAUGUAUUGGAAAAGCAAAAUCACGUUGCAAUUCCACACCUUUCGGAAGCUAUUGAGAAUUGGGGACUCAUUAGUUACAAAGAAGAAGAUUUUGGAAAUCCCAUGAAUCUUUCAACAGAUAAAAUUAUGACCGCAUAUUUAUUAACAUCUCACGAAAUUUGUCAUCAAUGGUUUGGUAACUUGGUAACUCCCAAAUGGUGGAAAGACCUCUGGCUCAGUGAAGGAUUUUGUCAGUAUAUUCAAUGGAUUGUCGCUAGUCAGACACUGGACGAACCAAGACUAUUAGAAGUUUUCGUAGCUACGAAUAAAUACGAGGCUCUUGAUUUUGAGAGGAAUUCUUCUGUUUUGACUUUAACUCCGGAUUUAAAAUCUAAUGACGAAAUAAUUCGAACUUUCGAAACUCUCACUUAUUGCAAAGGUGCAGCAAUUGUUCACAUGAUCGUCAACAUUCUAUCAAAAGAAGUAUUCGAUGCAGGUAUUCGAAAAUACUUACAAAAACAUCAAUUUCAAGCAGUGAAUACAGACGAUCUUUGGGAGUCAUUAACUGAAGCUAUGAUCGAACUCAAUGUUCCCUACAAAGAUAUGGACAUAAAAAAAAUGAUGGAUCCUUAUUUGAAACAAAGAGGCUAUCCGGUAGUGAAUGUCGUUAGAGAUUACAAUACCGGAACAGUAAAAAUAACCCAGGAGUGUCUUAUUUGUAAUAAAUUCUACAAUGAUACCAAUUCCAAAAAUCAAAAAUGGUGGAUUCCUAUAAAUUUUGUUACAAAUUCAACAUUACAUUUGGCCACAACCUUACCGACACAUUGGUUGAGUCCCGAUCAGAAGGAAUUAAUUAUUGACGGAAUUGAUCCCAACGACUGGAUAAUUGUUAACGUGGAAAAUACUGGCUACUAUCGUGUUAAUUAUGACAAAACAAAUUGGAAUAAAAUCAUCGACUACUUAAACUCGAAAAACUAUUCAAAAAUCCAUGUUUUAAAUCGAUUGCAAAUUAUCGAAGACGCUGUGUAUAUUUUUCAAAAUAAGAAAAUGGAGUUUAGUGAUUUUUUGAAAAUUUUAACAUAUCUACAUCAAGAAGACGAUUAUAUACCAUGGAUUGCGGGUCUUCGAAUUCUCAAUGAAUUUCAAAAUAAUCAGGAUAACUUUAUCAUAUCAAUAGCAAUGCAGACCUUUGCUAAAGUAUUGACAAUAAAUAGUGUCCUAGCUCGUGUUGGUUCUGAGCAAAAGGAGAACGAUGAUAUUUUCACUUGUCUACUACGCAGAGGAGUAUUAAAAUUAUCAUGUGACUAUAAAAUGGAAUCGUGCCUAGAGAGAGCCGACAAAUACGUUUCCAAAGUUUUGGAAAAUUCCAAUCCUGAUAUAUUACCAACCAAUGACAAAGAUUGGAUACUUUGCGCUGGUUUGAGGAAUGCCAACAAGACAAUUUGGAAUUCAAUGUUGGAAGUUUUUAGGAAAACUAAAGACAAAGAUGUACUCGAAGCUCUCAGUUGUCGUAAUAAUAAUGAAACUUUAACGAAAUAUCUAAAUUUAAUCAUCGAAAAUGAUAGUCUUAUUUCUGAUUCUCAAAUUUUGGAAGUAAUAGCUUUUGCUUCAAAGACAAAUCUUGGUUUGACUUUAAGUUUCGUGGAUGAAAAUCGAAAAGAGAUUAAAGAGAGACUCAAUAGUAAAAAUUCAUUGUCCAGCGUCUACGAAAAUAUUAUCUACGCCGCCAAAGGUGUGAAAAAAUUAGAAAAAAUUAAAAAUUUCAUAGAAGAAAAGGAGGACCAAAAAAUUAUUGAAGCAAUGAAACCAUUGAUUUCUACGAGAAAAGAAGAAAUAGAAUUGAGUAAAAUAUUAUAAAAAAAUGUUUUUCUCAACAACUUUGAAUUAUUUUCAUUUAUUUGAAAAUUGUAUGAAAAGUAGCGAUCCUACAUUCAAUUUGCUGAAGUUUUUCAGCGAAAAUCAGAAGCAAAAUUUGUUAUCAUAUCUUCCCUAGUUUACCAACGUUUGUUAUUUAAAUGUUUAUAUUUUUUUUUUAAACCUUUACCAACAACUAAAAUUUUACUGUUAACAAAUUCAAAAUAAAAUUAUUAUUCAUUUAU